ACUUUCUAUCAUACAAGUUGUUGAAGUUGAAUAAGCUACACUGAGCCACUGGGCAGUGGAAAAAUGAAAAUUUUACUAACAAUUUUAGUGCUUGCCUUACUUGGCGACAGGGCAUUUGCUGGAUUACUGAACAUAUUCACCGCAGAUACGGAUUAUAAUGCCGCUCAGCUGAUGGAUAGUUUGUUCGGUGCACUGGCCAAUGGAACCAAAGUUAUCUUGAACGGAGGCUCUACUGGUAAUCCAUUAUCGGUGGACAUUACUUUCUGGUGUGGAAAUCGGAACAACCCAAACCUGGUGCAGACAAUGUUGGAUGACAGCAGUCUGACUUCGAAGAUCUCUACUUCAAAGCCAUUGGUGUUCAUCAUUCACGGCUGGAUGGAUAACAGAAGUCGCAAUUGGAUCAAGGAUAUGACUACAGAUUACUUCAAAUAUUUUGACACUAACCUUUGCGUAGUGGAUUGGGGAAACCUAGCUAUUUUCGGUUAUUAUAUGGCGUUUAAUCACACCUUUACAGUGGCGAAGUAUCUUUCCCAGUUCAUCUCGUCCGUAUCCUCGAAAGGAAUCGCCAUGAAAGAUAUUACACUAGUUGGCCACAGUAUGGGAGCUCAAAUUGCAGGAAAUGCAGGUAGUGCUCUAGGUGGUCAGCUUGGAGCUAUUUACGGCUUGGAUCCCGCCAGUCCCUUGUACAUGAUGCCCCUAGACAUUGGAACUGCGAAGCGUUUGGACAAAACGGAUGCCAAGUAUGUGCAAAUGAUCAUCACCUCGCGUUGUUUCUGGGGAGUCUGCAUUGCCGAUGGUCAUGAGAAUUUCUAUCCAAAUAACGGAAUGGUUCCCCAGCCCAACUGUGCGAUACCGCUGUUCUCGAAUGCGGAAGUUGCCGAGCCGAUUUUGUGCAGUCAUGUCCACGCCCAUACCCUGUUCCGAUUGGCGCUGAACCCAAGCAACGUCUACAUGGGAAAUACUUGUCCAGUCUGUCUUUUUGGAUUGCUGGGUAAAAAGUCGAAAAUGGGUGUCUACAGCAGCCGUAUUGCUGGAGAUUACUAUCUGUCGACCGGCAUUUGGCCACCAUAUACUAUCUAAUGAAUGGUUAACAAUGUGUAAAGAUUUACGUGUUGUUAUAAUAAAAGUAUAAAGUUUAUUUGGAAAGAA